AUGGUACCCGGCGCGCCGAGCACCGGCACCAGCAUGCUCCCCGCUUCUGAGGCGGCCAAGAUCUACCAAACCAAUUACGUGCGCAACUCCCGCGCCAUCGGCGUGCUGUGGGCCAUCUUCACCAUCCUCUUCGCCAUCGUCAACGUGGUGUGCUUCAUCCAGCCGUACUGGAUCGGCGACGGUGCCGACACUCCGCAGGCGGGCUACUUCGGCCUCUUCCACUACUGCAUCGGUAGCGGCCUCUCUCGGGAGCUGACGUGCCAGGGAAGCUUCUCGGAGUUCUCCAGCAUCCCGUCGAGCGCCUUCAAGGCCGCCGCAUUCUUCAUCGCAACAUCCAUGGUGUUGGUUCUCGGCUGCAUCGGGUGCUUUACUCUCUUUUUUUUCUGCGGCACCGGCACUGUUUACAAGAUUUGCGGUUGGAUGCAGCUGGCUGCAGGCACGUGUUUGAUCCUGGGCUGCUUGAUCUACCCGGACGGUUGGGACAGCGAUGAGGUGAAGCGAAUGUGUGGCGAGCGGACGGACAAGUACACGUUGGGCGCCUGCUCCCUACGGUGGGCCUACAUCUUGGCCAUUAUGGGCAUCAUGGACGCCCUCAUUCUCUCCUUCCUCGCCUUCGUGCUGGGCAACCGACAGGAUAGCCUUAUGGCUGACGAGCUGCUGGCGGACAAGAAUUCCAACAAUGCCAUCUAA